UUGGCUGUCUCCUCUGCCCAUACUGCAAGUCCCAGUUGCAUGAGGCCUCAAUCCCUAAAGCUGAAGGCCUCGUUGAUCUUCCCCAACGCUUCGAAGUUCGAACUCAAGACCUCUCUGUUACUUUGUUCUUCCUCCACACGCCCCUCCACUCCCCCAGCUCGUGGCAUCCACCCCAACCCACAAACUCUCCUUCAAUUGCUAAAGCAGCGCCCAACGCAAUCUCAGCUCAAACAAAUCCACGCCCAAGUCCUCAUCCAAGCGUUGCAUGGAGACUCUUCCAUAACCUACUCUCUUAUACGUUCGUACCUCACUGCCAAGAACCUCAACUGCGCAAGAAUCUUGUUUUAUCGCUAUCCUUCUCCUUCGCCGCCUACUCUGCUAUGGAAUCUCAUGAUCCGGGCUUACUCCAAGAUUCCCAAUUCCCAGGAAUCAAUCAGUCUGUUCAGUCAAAUGCUGGCCCUCGGCCGGCCAGUGCAGGUUUUCCCUGAUAAAUACACCUUCACGUUUCUGAUCACCUCAUGUUCGCAUCGAUCGUCGGUAAUACAUGGAGAAAUAUUUCAUGGGUUGGUGAUGAGAAAUGGGUUUGAGUAUGAUUUGCAUGUAAGCAAUUCAUUGAUAAAUCUGUAUUGCGUUUUUUUAAAAUUGGAGAAUGCCCAUAAAUUGUUUGAUCAAAUGCCUGAGCGAGACGUGUUUACAUGGACGAGUCUUUUAUGUGGAUAUGCCAAAAAUGGGGAAUUGGGUAGAGCCUGUGGAAUUUUUGAUAGGAUGCCAGAGCAUAAUGACGUAUCUUGGGCGGUUAUGAUUUCAGGUUUUGUUGGGGCUGGAAAGUAUGUUGAAGCGCUUCAAUACUUCCAUGACAUGUUGUGUGAUGACAAGGUGAAGGCUAAUGAGGCUGUUCUUGUUUGUGCUCUUUCUGCUUGUGCCCAUCUUGGUGCCCUAGAUCAAGGAAACUGGAUUCAUGUUUAUAUAGACAAGAGUAGAAUUUCAAAGACUACAAACAUUUCUACAGCUCUCACUGAUAUGUACGCAAAAUGUGGGAGGAUAGACUGUGCAAAGCGGGUUUUUAAUAGAAUUUAUAAACAGGAUGUUCUCACUUUUACAAGCAUGAUAUCGGGGUUAGCAAUUCAUGGUCUUGGUAAGGAAGCUCUGCUAGUUUUCUCACAAAUGUUGGCUGAAGAUGUAAAGCCUAAUGACAUUACUGUUUUAGGGGUUUUAAAAGGAUGUAGUCAUUCAGGUCUAGUAGAGGAGGGUUCUUCAAUCUUCUACAAUAUGGAAAGCUUGUGGGGCAUAGUGCCAAAGAUUGAGCACUAUGGGUGUUAUAUUGAUUUACUGGCUCGUGCUGGCUACUUUGAAGGGGCAUUACGAGUUGUCAAGAGCAUGCCUAUGGAACCUGACAUUGUUAUAUGGAGGGCUUUACUUAGUUCAUGUCGAGUCCAUCACAAUGCUGAUCUUGGAAGACAGAUUAUACAACACCUUUGGCAACUGGACUCUCAUAGUCACAGUGGAGGUGAGGUGCUUCUUUCAAAUUUAUAUGCUGCAUUAGGUCAGUGGCAGAGGGUUGAUGAAGUGAGGAAGCUAAUGGGUGAGAAAACGAAUGAAUCAAGCCCUGGAUGCAGUUGGAUUGAGAUCAGUGGUGUCGUUCAUGAGUUUCGUGUUGCUGAUUGCUUGCAUCCGCAGAUCGAAGAGAUUAGGAACAACUUGACUGAAUUUCUGAAGACGGCAAGCUUAGGAGGCUAUAUUGCUAAUACAAUGCCAGUCUCAUUUGAAUUAAGUCAGGAAGAGAAGGAGCAAGCAGUUUCUUGGCAUAGUGAAAAGUUAGCUAUUGCUUUUGCACUGAUGAGUACGCAGCCAGGGUCUCUUAUUCGGGUAGUGAAAAAUCUAAGGACAUGCGAAGAUUGUCAUUCAGCUUUGAAGGCCAUUUCCCAAGUUUACAAUAGAGAAAUUGUUGUUAGAGAUUGUUCUCGCUUCCACACUUUCAAAGAAGGAAACUGUUCCUGCAAUGAUUAUUGGUAGUCACAUCAUAUCUCAAGUUUAAUAAAUGCAGGUCCUGAAGACAAUCACCUCAGAGAGUAUUUUCAAGGUGUACUGAUGGCAAAAAUGUUUCGAAAGGAAUAACAUGGAUAAUGUCUCCUCUAAUCAUGAAGUGAAGUAGAUUUUUUGGACUUAGAAAAGUGACAUUUCAUAUCCCUCGGACAAAUUGGAAACCAUUAAUUCAUACUAUCAAGAGUGACAGCAUGAAGGCUCUUGUCUCAGUUUUUUGGGACAUUAUACUCAACAUCAUUUGGGCAUUGGCGUUCCAGAAAAUUCCUUGAAUUGAAUAGAGUAUGUAUCACCAAUACUAAACUCUGUGUGGCUAUUAAUGGCCCUCUGGUUGAUUAUUUUGCUGGUGGAAGGGGUAUUAGGGAAGAGCAUCCUUUGUCUUCUCAUCUUUCUGCUACUGCUAUUGAGGUUCUGUUCAAGAUGCUUAAUACUACACCCUUGCAUGAUGUUUUUAGGUGUGGCCCUAGAUGCAAGAGAGUGGGCUUUAUACAUAUGUGUUGUGUUGAUGAUGUUAUGGUAUUCACAGGUAGAUCUUCAUCUUUGCAAGCAAUCCAAGGGUAUGUUUUAUGCAUUUUAUUAGAUGACUGGUCUGCUUUGAAAUUAAGCAAUAUUUAACUGAAUUAUCUUGUUCUGGGGUAAAAAGAAGCAGAUAGUGCUCUUAUUUGGCAGAGCACAUGUAUUAGAUUGAGUAAAUUGCUUUAAAUAUCUUGAUGUUCCACUUAUUACAGGAACUUUUUGGCUGCUUCUCAUUGAUAAAAUCUCAGGCUGGUUGUGGAAUUGGUUAGUGGUUCAGCAAAACACAUUUCCUUUGCUGGAAGGUUGCAGGUAAUCAAAUCUGUUUUGUUUAGCACCCAUCAUUUACUAGGUAAUAUUUUCAUUUUUCCUACCAAGGCAGCUAAGAUCUUAGAGCAUAAGUUUUGUGCUUUCUUUUGGAAGGAAAGGAGGGUAGUGGACAUGAUUCAAAAUUAGCUGGAAGCAACUGCAUGUUCCUAGGUCAGAAGAUGGCUUUGGCACAAGGAAGUUGCUUCUUUGGAAUGAAGUUUGCAUUUUAAGUAGUAUCUGGUCCACGUUCAGUAGACUCCCCUUGGGCUUCUUUGAUUGUUACUAGUUGAAGGCUUAAAGCACAAAAGUUUGUUAACAGUCUGUAUCCUCGUCAAUUGUGCAUGGGAUUGAGCAAUGAAGCAGACCUUCAAUAAGCAUCUUAUGGAGUUUGCUGACGACUUUUCUUUUUGUGGGAUAAUUGGCACUCUCAGGUCCAUUGAUCAUGAGCUACUACAAAUGAAUUAUAUAUGGUUCUUGCCAUGCCAGGUGUAUCAGUGCAAUGAUGAUUGGGAGAAAUUAAGGAACAAGCCUAUUAAAGAUUACUGGCACAAGCUAUUUUGGUUUCAGCAAUAUAUUCCUAAACAUGCUUUCACUUCUUGGCUUACCAUUUCUAACACUCUGGGGACAGGCAGCAACCGACUCAUCUUGUACCCUGCAGUCAUCCCCAGGGUCCCUAUUCUAAAGAUAUUUGGGGUUAAGUUGUUUUGGCUGAUAUAUUGAGUUGCUGCUGAUUGGUGUUUAGAAUUUAAUUGGGUGAAGCAUCAUUUGAAGGGUAAGACAUUUGCUGCAGUCUGCUCAAAUUAGCCUGGUCUGGGGCUUCAUCUUCUUGUUACACGUCAGAUGCAAAUUUGCUUGCAUUCCUAAGCUUAUUAGUAGUCUCAGUAAUAGAAAUCUCUCUGAUAAAUAGAGUAUUAUCUAUUUUGUUGAGGGGGACUAGUCCCUUUUCUGUUCGUGAUGUUCCCUGUUUCUGCGGGAUAGCUUCUUGUAGUCUUUUCCUCUUAUUUUUCUUUCUUACCAGGGAAUGCCCUACAGAUGUGUUUUAUUUUUUCCUUUUUUUUAAAUGUCCAGCUGCAGAUGCAUUUUGGAAAUCCACCAUGUGAGAAAUGUAUUAAACACGAUACAGCACGCUUAAUCAGGUAGCAAAAACAAAAAUAAUCUAAAACUGUGUACCCUGCUUAACAAAAUUAAUGGGAUUCUACUGUCGAAAUUGCAUCUUGAGUCGGCUGUUUCCUGUUUCAUAAGUCAAAUAAUUGAAAAUAUUCGGUGUACAGACAAAAUCUAUAUAAUGCUAUACAGAUUUGGUAGACACUGCCCAUUAUUUGAUGGCCCACACGAAAAACCUUUUGUGUUUACACUAAUUUUCAUGCUCACAAAGUGUUCCUUUGGUGAGCUGGCUGCACUUGUCCUGUUCCAAAGUUUCAGUAAAGGCAUACAAUUUUCAGUUUGCAAAGGAGAAGCAAGGAAAAAGCCAUCUUUUGCUUUACUAGCUUUAGGCUGCCUUGAUCGGAACACUGAAAGAAAUUGAAGAAACUCAUGGCUCCGUGGGCAGCGGGAAAGAUGUUGUCUCUUCCUCUGCACUGAAAGUGUGAACAAUAUGAUGGUUGUCCGGAAGUCCAAAUCUGUACAGGAGUGAUAAUUGCAGUAUUUUUGUAAGCUUUGUUCAGCAUCGCAUCGCAUAUCGCAUCACAGCCCUGUUUAUCAACCUCUGGCAUGUCGCAAAUAUUCAAACUGGGUAGAGAAUUUAUUUGUUUUCUCCCACAAUAUUGAAAGCAUGUGAGCAAACUACUGAACAGGCAUGAUCAGCUUGUACUAGGAAUCAGUAUCUAAGCCUCUGCAAAUGUAAAAUGGUCAUUUCUCUGAAAUUGUGAACGUUUUGUUUUAUUUUUUUCUGCAACUGCCAUGACCACCACCGUCAUAGGGUGAACUAGACCGGGCGAAGUGGGAUGGAAGCUUUAAUGGAUUGCCUUGUUUAGAUUAUUAGAUUUUCUUGAAAUGGAUUUUUUUUUUUUGGAUUA